AUAUCCAUAUUGGUUCUAUGACUUUGUCUACUUUCCGAUUUGUUUUCAUAUCUAAAACUUGGUCUGAUUAAAGAAAUGGUAUUAUUAAUGUUUGUUAGUAUUCUUACUGGAUGUUAUGAUAUUUAGUUUUGCGACCAGAGUACUUAAAGUCUUGUUAAUUAAAUAAUUUUACGUCUAAUUCAGAUGUGGAAUCAAUUGCUCUAAGAAUAAACUUAAGCUAAAAAUGGAAAGCAGAAUCGCAGUUUCAAGUGGGAUGUGGUUGAAGUUCUUUACGAACGCCGGCAUUCCCGAGAGUGUGUCGGCCUCCUACGCCAACAAGUUUGCAGAGAACCGCAUCAAGCGAGACAUGAUAAAAGAUCUCACCAAAGACAUCCUUCGCGACAUGGGCGUGACGUGCAUGGGAGACAUAAUAGCCAUCUUGCGACACGCGAAGGAAGUGUACGAGGAGGAGAUACUGGAGAAGGUCAUCGGCCAGUCGAGCAGCAGCGUGCAGACGGCCACCGUGCGACCCACCAAGGUGUCGUCUGGAAGGAGAAGCAGCCCCGUGUCCCGCGCGCAGGAGCACAGAGCGCGGCGGUCCGGCCCCGCGGCGGAGGGCUCUCCCGGCCGUGCCGCAGAUGUACGUGAAAGUCCAUCCUUAUCUGAUCGUGUCAAAAGUUCAUCUCACCGUGAGACCAGAUCUUCCAACGGCGCCGGCCCCGCGGAGAAGCCGGCGAGGAGCUCCGGGCCCGACGCGGGCGCCGUGGCCAAGAGGAAGCACUCGGGGGAGGAGCUCCCCGCGAAGAAGGCGAGGCGCGUCCUGCCGGAGCACGAGGGCGGCUACAAGGUCACCAUGCCCGCGGGGACCACCGCCCGCACCCAGCAGAUCCUCAAGAAGAAGGCCCUGAUGAACACGGCGCAGAAGAAGUCCGUGUUCGAGCGUCUGGGCGCCGGGGGCGAGGAGGACACGGCGCCCGUGCCCAUCGCGGACACCACGUUCCGGGUGACCGGGCUGGACUCCGCCCCCUUCCCGACUGCCGGCGGCUCCAAGGCGUCGUCGGUGUUUGCGAGGCUGGGCGACAAGUCGCUGCAGGUGACAGCCCCCACUGCUGCGAGCGAGACCUCCGCCCAGGGCGAGCAGCCCUACCACGGCAUCCUCAAGCAGCAAACCAAGAAAAUUAUCAUUACAAGAUCUACUGUUGUACCCGGCGGCAACAGCACCAUGCGGGCCGACCAGGAGGAGCAGCCCGCGGUCCGGAAGAAGGCCGCCAGCGUCGCUCCGAGCGUCACCACCGUCAUCCUGCCCGUGGCCAGGACUGGGGUUCGCCGCCUCAUCCCGGGGCAGGGCUGCACCAUGCGGGCCGACCAGGAGGCGUGUCUGAAGGUGGCGGGGGCAGCCCCCGUGGCGAGGCGCCUGCGCACUUCCUCGCAGUCGGCCGCGCCCCUCGACAAGCCCGUCAUGCGGCAGGUCUUCAGGGACCGGGCCACGCAGGGCAUCCUGGCUGCCCCUGUGAACAACCAGAAGAUAAGUGUGAAGGCCAGACUGGGUGUUGGCUGCACGCUGCCUGCCGGCUCGUCGCAGCUGGGGCCGGACAAGAAGCGAGUCAUGUUCGAGAAGCGGGAAGUGAGCGUCAUAGGAGCGCCGGAGAAGUCCGGUCCGUCGAACGAAAAGCCGAGAACUAUUUUUUAUCAGAAGCCUGUGAGGAUUGAGCGUCGGGGAUCGUCCAACUACAAAAGCAGUGUUUUCCACCGCUUGGGAAGGAACCGUGACUAGUUUUUUUUUGUCUGAACGUGGCUAGUCGAGUGCAGUGUAUUUUGUACACAGUGAAGUACGAUACUGUUAACAUUAAGGAUUAUGUACAUGUAGUUACUUUUCCAAAUUUUGUAAAGUACUCAAAUGAACUUGAUUAAUUUUA